UUUCAUGAGCCAAACUAUUCCAAACAAAACAUAAUUGUGUAAACGAUCAUGUGAUCAAUCAAGUAAACUACAAUAGUUAAAGUUUAUGUGAGAUAAUAAUUAAAGUUUACUAAGAAUUAUGGACUUAUUAAUAGUGCUUUAAUAGUGGAGAUUGAGACAAAGACAAAUAAUUUUGUUAAAAAUAUAAAUUUAUUUCUCGUGACAAGUUCAAAAUUAUUUUGGGGUGGGGACUGGGGACCUAGAAUAUAAUGGCUUCCUCGACCACUUUAAGCAGUUGCUCUGAAAUCCCGAUGGAUAAAGAAACCAGGGAAGAAAUUGUUGCUUCAGACAAGAAGAGAAAGUCCAGUGGAGAAAAGUUGUUCAUAACAGAUGACGAAGAAGCAUCGUCAUCACAUUCUCAGAUACUUAAUAGUCCAACGGGCAAAAAAUCAUCGCCAAUGAGGGAGGACAGUGUCCCGGAAGAAGAUCGAGGGGGAGAUACGAGUGACGGCUCCGCACUAUCUUGCGUGAAAAAAUGUGAUGAUGAAGAGAAAGUAACAGAAGAAGACGAAAGGCUAAAUUUGGAACUCACAAGAGCAUUCGACGACAUUUCAGUCGCCACCACAGGCUCAGAAGAGGACAAACUUUGGAACGGGAAUAAUAUUUCUAACCUUGAAAAGAGCGAAAAUGAUGACGUUCUCCAUCGUACGAUGGAAAACGUGCUUGGGAGUGGGGGGAGUCUAAACACGUCCAUGAUUUCUGAGGAGGAAGGACUGGAUGGUGGGAUCAAUGCCAUUUGGAAGGGACAAAAGCGACACGUAUUCAUUCUAAGCGAAUCAGGAAAGCCGAUAUUCUCAAGACACGGAAAUGAAGAAAAGUUGGUUACCUUGUUUGGAGUUAUGCAAGCGUUAGUGUCAUUUGUUCAAGAUUCGGGUGACUCCAUUCGAUCUAUACGAAUGGGUGGAACAAUCGUAGUGUUCUUCUUGAAAGCGCCACUAAUCUUGGUCUGCGUGUCGAAUCUGGGCGAAUCCGUGGCUCAAAUUCAGACUCAACUUAUGUAUGUGUACAACCAAAUCGUCAGCGUCUUAACGUUGAAACAACUACUUCAAAUUUUCGAGAAACGACGAAAUUACGACUUAAGACGACUACUUUCCGGGUCUGAACGACUGCUGUACAACUUGUGCAAUUUGGUAGAAUCCGAUCCAAGUUUUAUUCUUGGAGCGGUUCGUUGUCUUCCAUUAGCGACCUCGGUGAGGGACACAAUUAGCACAACCAUUUCUCAGACACUGAGCAAGCUCAAGCAAGACGUCGUGUUUGCCAUUUUACUCGCCAAUAACCAACUGGUAAGUUUGGUUAGGAUGAAAAAAUGCUUCAUGCAUCCAAUGGACUUGCACAUCAUUAUUAACUUCAUCGAUGCCUCCGAGUCAUUUAAAACUGCGGAAAUCUGGAGUCCAUUGUGCCUGCCCAGAUUUGAUGCUACGGGAUUUGUUCACGCCCACGUUUCAUAUCUAUCUGACGAGUGCCAAGCCUGCCUAGUUUUACUGACUGUGAAUCGAGACUCCUUCCACGCCCUUUCCGAAGCCAAGCAUAGGAUUGUGGAGCGUUUGAAGCGUCACAACUGCUUAGAAGCGAUCAUAGCUUCCAUGAACAACAAUUGGCCGACAAUGUCCUUCGUGAAUGUACCUGAAGUUCGACAUUUUCUUUACAAGAAUCGUUCCAUAGCUCAGUUCAUGGCACCAGCGUUAGAAGCGCCCUACAUCAACGGGUCGUCAUCAUUACCAGACUUAAAUUCGACAACCGGGAAUGAAAACUCUUUUCAAAAUCUGUCCAUUUCCAGUAUAAGCAGUUCGAGUACUUGUGCCGGUGGUACAGGUGCUCCUCAUUAUUUGCCCCCCGACUUGUCCGAAGAGCUGCAAAGACUUUACUCCAAAUAUUACCGAAUCCAUUCCAGGCUUCAUGACCGGUCUCGCCCCGUCAGUUUAAUCUACUGGGUGGACGACACGGAAAACUGGUUGGGCUGGCUUACCUCGACUUUCGAACUCUACGUCACUUUUGAGCCGUUAGUUAAGAAAUCUGCAGCUAUCAAUGCCAUCAACAAGUUGCGAAAAUGGGUGAAAAAAGAAGAGGAUCGUAUAUUCAUUAUGAAUUCACCGACCUUUUGAGACUGGCCUUUCCUCAAGUACUUGACUCGACGAUAACAUAUUUGCCAUGAAAUGAAGAAAUGACACGUCACAAUUUAUAAUGAAUUUUCAUACGAUCACAACAAAUUUAUAGGACGGACUAAGAACGGGUACAAUUUUCCCAAAAAAUAAGCAGAUUGUGAUAGUUUUAUUAGUAAUUUAUUAUGAAGUAGGAGCGAUAGUUGAAUAGUUAACCUUGUCCGAUAAAAUGAAUGUUUUUCGUCGUCCGAACAAGAAAGUUUUACGAAUUUUCAAGCGCAAUAUUUGUUAGAAGCGUCCACAUUUGACUGGUGUGAUUUAUAAACUAAUAUUUAUGUAUCACAAUUCUUGUAUUAAAUUAAUGGAACUGUUAGAAGUUAGAAAUAAAGACUUAUGAAUCCGUGUUACCGAUA